UGUUCCUUUUCGAGAAAAAAUUGUUCGAGGCUCGUGCCAUGAUAGGAUCAACAGCUUAACAGCUUGAUCGUGACAAUUGUGGCUUAUUUUUAUUAUGCACCUUCCGUUUCUUAUUCUUUGCUUAAGAUCGAUUCUGGAUUAUGAUAUCGCGUUGAUACGUAAAGCUCUGGAUUAAUAGUAACUGGCACAGUAAUGAUACAUUCAUCUUCACAAUUGCCAGCAGCAAUAUUUUAUAUACUCCCCAGAUCAUUGGAUUUAUACAUGCAACAUCACAUUAAUUUAAUCGCAUCCAAUUUUUGAACUAGACACACUCAAGAAAGGCUGUGCAUACAGAGCAAGAGAUCUAUGUGCUCCAAAUCAGCUUGGAUUGAAGAUAGUAUCAUUUUAAAAAUAGCUGAUUUUAAGUUCUCCAAGCGUGACACUUCACUUAAGCAUCAAGUUGCUUGGAAACAUAGACAACAUGCGCAACGAGAUUACAGCAGCGGUGCUGUUCUUAGUGCAGCUGAUAGAAAAAAACGAAAAAUUUAGUCCAGAUCAGCUCGAUUGCUUUCAGAGACGUUUAGUUGAGCUGAUGACAGAAAGAUUCAAAAAUCACUGGUUUCCCGAAAAACCUUUCAAAGGUCAAGGAUAUCGUUGUAUACGUGUAAAUGGGCAUAGUCGACGAGAUGCUACAUUAGAAAAAGCUGCAAGUGCUGCUGGUGUUAGAUAUGAAGAUCUUUCGUUGCCAGUUGAGUUGACACUAUGGGUUGAUCCUAAAGAAGUUUGUUGCCGUUUUGGAGAGAGUAAAGGUUCGUACUGUACAUUAGCAUCAUUUGACGACAAAGAAAAUAUAGUACCUCUAAUUAAGCAACACAUCAAGAAGGUUGAAAAAGUGGAAAAACAGGUGGCAGAAGAGAAACCUGCAUUAGUCAACAUUACCAGUUCUGUAAGCACACAGUCAAAAUCGAAACCUUUAGGCUCAGCCAACCAAAAUCAAGCUUCAUCAAAUAACAACAACUCAUCGUCUACCAGUAACAAUAACAAUAACAUCAGUAACAGCAACACUACUUCUAAUACUAGUACUAACAAUAGUAAUGUCAACAAUAACAACAAUAAUAACAAUAACAAUAAUAAUAACAACAAUGGCCCCAACAAACGUCGCAAUCUCAAUAGCCUACGUCUUCAUCUCAAUCGCAACCGUUCGUGGUUCAAUCAUUCGUUUAUGGGUUAUGGACCUCAUCCAAUGGGUCAACCGUGGUAUAACGUAAUGCCACCUCAUUUCCUUGGUGGACCAUCACCCCCACCUUUCAUUGGUGGUCAUCGCGCCAGCAAAUGGAUACACUCGUCCUCGUAUCCAAAUAACUCGCGUUUUCAUCACUGGUCGCCCAAGGCAACCCUGAAAGUCUAAACUUAGGACGUCACCUGGAUAGAUUAAUUUCUUGGACAAUGGUAUGGGAAAAUCACUUUCUUUUUUCGAUUAUUAGUUUUCAUUUACUAAUUUUUCGAAUUAGAAUUUAAUGUUAUAGCAAAAUUUGUUAAAUAAUAGAGUUAAAUUUAAUUGGGCUUUUCAAAGACUUUACCAUAAAUAGUGCUACAAGAGUUUUAUGAUGUUGAUAUAGAAUGCAAUUCUAUGAUAUAUAGAUGUGAAUUAUUAUCAAAUACUAGAUUAAUCAAUGAAGUUAAUGACAGACUAGAAAUAUUUAUGCGUUGAUUGCAAAAAAAGAUCAGAUAGAACUUUCACGUUUCAUUUUGAUGCAUGUGUUUCUUUUCAAAUUGACUAUGAAGUAUUGUUGAAUGUAAAGUAUAUCAUUUAAACAUUGUUUAAUGUUUGAAUGUUAAAAAAUUAAGAUAAUUUACGUUAACGUUACUACAGUGCUAAUCAAAAUGAUGAUACUAUUAUGAUAUAGGUUAUAAAUUGAUUCUUUCCUGAUAAUGGUUUAAAAUUUAUUUUUCAAUGAAAUUCUCUAUCCAGGCGAACGUCGAAAUUUCUUUUUAAAAAUUUUUUAGAAGAAUAAAGGUUAAUACGAAUAUAUAUUUGAUUAUUUUAAUUGACUAAUAUUUGAAAAAACGAACUUUUUAUAAAGAAAAGAAAAACAAACGAUGCCGAAAACGAAUUUCGUUCCAUAUAUUAGAAUAUCUGGAUUCAAUAUGAUAGCUCUAUAAAACUUGUAGAAAAUUUCGACAAAAAGAAAAGAAAUUAUAGUUUUUUUAUUGGUUCCAUGUAGGAUUACCGCUUUCAAAAUGUUGGCACGAGAUGAAAUGAAACAUCAAUCAUUCAACGUCGUUUUUACAAAUUACAUACUUUUUAAUGAUUUAUUUAUCAUUGUUGUGAGUGCACAGAAUCUGAAAUAUGAUCAAAAUUUAACAAUCGUAUUAAUCAUAAUUUUUUUUUUUUUAGAGAAAUCUCUUUUUUUCCGCGAAAGCAAAAGCUUGAAUGUAGUUCGCAUAAGACAAAAAAAUAAGAAUUUUAAGCUUUAUUUAAAUCCUAUUCUAUUAUGGGUUGGUUUAUAAAGGGCUAUUAAUGUUUAAUUUACUUAAGUUGGAAAUACAUAAGGUGUUAUGAAUGCAUAUUCUAAUCAUAGAUUUUACGUAUUACCGAAUCAAAAUUUCGUAGUUUGAAAAAGCAAACGGUGACAAAUUACAAAAGAAAGAAUAUUACCUGCUUAUUUACUUUGGUAAUUAAGAAAAAACAAACUAAUUUCUACGUCGUAAGGUUUUCGGAUUUCUUUUAAAUCUACUUAAAAAAUUAGAAAUCAGAUUUCUCUACUUUUAUAAUAAAUGGCAACGACAUUAAAUGAUCAAUUAUUGUAGGAAAUCCAUGCUCGAGUUACAAUCGAGACUUGCAUUUCUUAAUUCUCAUACAUAAUUAAGAAUGUUGUAUUAUUGUACGUUAUAUAUUAUAUAUAAAUAGUUUGAUGAACAGUGAUUUUACUCCGAAUGCAAAGUUGCUUUAGAAGCAAUUUAUUAGUGAAAUUUGUACAGAAUUUACUGCAAAACGCUUACGCUGGAUUAAUAUCCUAUAUACAAUGUAGUAAAGCUUUGAAAGGAUUUUGUAGUCAAUUGCGAAUGAAAGCAGUAUUGAUUGUUAAACGAGUUUGAAAAACAUAGUAUCUUAAAAUAUGUAUCAAGAUUUAUCCGAUCCGACCUGACUGUAUGCGAGAUAUGGUACAACGAUGUGCAAUUGAAAAAAUAAUUAUGAGAAAGAAAAUGUACUUUAACUGCAAUUCCAAAAGAAAAAUGUACAAAUUAAUAUGUGUAUGAUUGUGAUGAAUUAUAAAAAUUUUAAUAUUGUUUUUUAAGUCUAAAAGAAAAAAAAAAAUAAUUCGAGGGAAAAAAACACCGUUAAUAACGAUUGAAUUUUUAAUUCGUUAACAUGUUCAAAGUUUAUCGAUAAUGGAGUGCGUAAUACUUCGCUUCGAUUGGCCUAUCUUGCCGUUAUGUUUUAAGACUGCUGUAUUGGCUGAUCUUGAAUCUUAGGAUUUUGAAGCACCGGUGAAACAUAACUUACUUUUUUGUCAUAAAUUUCUACUAACACCGGCUCUAAUUUUUCAAAGCAUGUGUUUUCUCUCUCUCGUAACGAUUAAGAUAUAAAUGCGUGAUCACAAUCAAAGCAAAAGCAAGGCAGACAAAGAAAAAAAUAAUAAGACGUGAAUUUGUUGAACAAGUUAAUUGCUUAAUUUAUCGUUCAUUACUUUCCUUUGGAAGUAAAGACGACAAUUGCAUACUUUGUAAUAUAUUGUUGAUUUAUUGGACACCGCUUUUCCACUGCCAUUAUGCAUAUUUAAGCAAAAGUAAAGAAAUAAUAAAAACCAAGAACCAUGUAAAUAA